AUGACCAUUUCCACUUUUCAAACCAACCUACUGACCCUCAAUCAUCUUGGAAGUUUUCUUAUCUUCACUAGCCGGUUCAAUGGAAGGAGAACACCCGCACCGCUGUUUCAUUUUUGCAGCCAAUACUGUACUGGCCCCACAAACGCGGAAAAUCAUACCUCCAUGGUCCAAACUAUAUUGUCCCCACAGAACGCCCACAGAAGACCCGGGACUCUUCUGCAGUACACUCCGAGCCCGACUCCGUUUCACACUCCGUACACCGUCAUUUUGAAAAGUAAUUCCCUAUACUGGAACAUCCAUUUACAAGGAUUAAGUAUAUAUUCUAGACCAAUAGACAGCUUCAAGCUCUAUUUUUUUAACUCGUCUUCACUGCAAAUACUUCAAACAAAAAACAUAGCAAACAAUGGGCCAAUACUAUUGGCCAAGACGCCAAUGAAGUCCCAUGGUCAAAGGCCCUGA